AUGUGCACGGAAUUUGGUGCGAUCACUGGAGUAUUCCAGCCCGACAGUAUUACUCAAGAAUAUAUUUCUCGACGUCGAAGAAAAGUAAACAAGGUGAACUCGAUCUACUUUCAGCUGGACGAAGACGCAGAAGCAGACUAUGCAGGCAGAUUUACCAUCGAUCUUUCAAAAGUUGAGCCAUCGAUUGCUGUUCAUCCCAAGCCAGAUAAUGUGGUUCCUGUAUCCGAGAAAGCAGGGAUGCAUCUUGAUGGGGUUUUCAUUGGUGCUUGCACAACAACCGAAGAAGGGCUUGUUCUUGCUGGUCUAGUUUUGAAAGCUGGGCUGGAACAGAAGCUUCCUCUGGCCAAAGGGGGGAGACAUUGCGUCCCAGGAUCUUUACCAAUUGUCGAGAAAUUGAAAGAACUCGGCUUGUUGGAGAUUUACGAAGCUGCAGGGUUCAUGAGGGGACCUCCUGGUUGCUCAUUCUGUGUGGGGUUGUCUGCCGAGAAGGCUGCAGCAGGUGAGACUUGGUUGAGCUCUCAGAACAGGAAUUUCAAGAAUCGCAUGGGACCAGGUCCACCAAAAGCAGGGCACGGAGAAAGCAAGGAGCAGCCAACAGAACUUGGAGUUAUUGAAAGUAAAGUUGUUACACUAGGCGAUUUCAUUGAUACAGAUGCAGCAAGUUUGACAGACUCGCUUCUUGCUCUUGCACCAGGUCCUACUCUAACCACAUGUGUCACUGAUGAGGAUUUUGGAAAGCAUGUCCUCGAGCAUACCUAUCCGGAGUUCAGGACAGCAGUGCGCAAUGGGAGUCAAGUCGUGGUAGCUGGAAAUGCCUUUGGCGUCGGAUCAUCACGGGAAGUAGCGGUUUUUGCCCUCAAGGGAGCCGGAGUCAAAGCUGUCAUAGCACGUUCGUUCGCAUUCAUCUACGGCCGCAACCAACCCAGCCUGGGCAUGCUUGGUAUCACAAUUGCGGACGAGGAAUUCUUUGCCUUGGCAAAAGACGGCGUCGAGAUUAUUAUUGAUGUCCCUCAACGCCAAAUUCGUAUCCAGGAGCGAAAGUUCGCUUUCAAGUUGUCGGAGAUCGAGUACAAUCUGACCAAAAACAAUGGAAUCUCUGAGACGUAUAGAUUGUAUGGUAAAUCCAUAUGGGAGUAG